ACUGUUAAUUAUGUUACUUUUCCAAGUUUUUGCAGCCUGCAGAAAACCAGAAAGUAUUUUCUAGUCUUGCCUGCCGUCCAGAGACUUGCAUGUUUUAUGCACUACACAAACUUUCUUGACAGCAUUUGCCCGUCAUCUGCUCCUCAGGCAGAACUCCAUCUGCACCAGACCCGACCUAUUAAAUAACCUAUCCUGACUUGUUUGCUCACUGCAGUCAUCCUGACAGUCAAUGUAUCCUCGGGCUAAGCCAAACAAGCUGAUCAGCCAGGCACCUCUGUACACACUACCCCCCACUAAGAAGCUAAUGGCCAGCACCUAUAAUCCUUCUCAAAACAACCACAGAGAUGCUAAUUGUAUCUGGCUAUAAAUACAGGUUGACUCCUUGUCUUCUUUCUUCAUUUGUCUCCACUCCACUAUACCAGGAACCACCGCCUCCUGUUUACACUGGCUUCUCCGAAACAUUUGCCCAAAUACCAGGAAAGAUUCGGUUGCGUAAGAGAGAGGGCGGAUAGACGCUACAGGUGUCCGUAAACUUGCAGCAUCACCAAAAAGGAGUCUUCGAGCGCACGGAGCUUUUACGCGCGGACGGGAGCUUUCAUGCGGCUUUUUGAAUUUCUCCACUGAGCAACCGAAAAGCAACCAGGCGAGAUGUUCCCGCUGCCCAUGUUUACACCGGACCAGGUCGCUCGGGUCUGCGAGAACUUGGAGGAGACCGGGGACAUCGAGCGCCUCGGCCGGUUCCUCUGGUCUCUGCCGGUCGCUGUCCCCGGCACCGCCGGGGAGGCGCUGAACCGACACGAGUCCGUGAUGCGAGCGAGGGCGCUGGUCGCCUUCCACGGGGGGAACUUCGAGGCGCUUUACCAGAUCCUCCAGAGCCACCGGUUUACGCGCGAGUCGCACGCCAAGCUCCAGGACCUGUGGCUGGACGCGCACUACCGGGAGGCCGAGAGGCUCCGCGGUCGGCCGCUGGGCCCCGUGGAGAAGUACCGGAUCCGCAAGAAGUUCCCGCUGCCCCGCACCAUCUGGGACGGCGAGCAGAAGACGCACUGCUUCAAGGAAAGGACCCGCAGUUUGUUGAGAGAGUGGUACCUCCAAGAUCCGUACCCCAACCCCUCCAGGAAGCGCCACCUGGCCCAGGCCACGGGACUCACGCCCACACAAGUCGGUAACUGGUUCAAGAACCGCCGGCAGAGAGACCGCGCCGCGUCAGCAAAGAACAGACUCCAGCAGGACUCGUCCCUCCUGCCUUCCGAAAGCUCGCCCGACGGCUCUCACCAGGAGCGCCACCACCACCCCCACCUCCUGCACACCUCCCCCCGCAACCUGGGCAGCCCCGAGGCCAGCGACUGCAGCACGGAGACGGAGCGCAGGGGAACGGGGGCGUCCACCCCGGAGAUCUCCGUCAGCAGCGACAGCGAGUUCGAGUCCUGAGACGACGGGCUCCUUUCCCCCCCCCCGUCAGACUCAGACGCGUCCCGAAGACGCUCGACGCUCUCGGCGCGACUGCGAACGCGUUAGAGGCGUCCCCGUGGGAGGAGGCCACUCGUGGCAGCGAGCGGACGGCGCGAAGGGAAAAUAUGCACUUAAGAAGCACCAUGGCACAUGACCUCGACUGUUAUACGUGUUACUGUUUAGCCGAUCAUGACUCAACGCUGCAGAGCGGUAAACACCCACAGGUGUAAAACAGUGUUUUCAGUUCUCACACAAAGUAUUUAGAUAACGUGAAUAUCGACAGGUUUUUAUACUUGUCUCAGUAAAUAUUUUUGGGAUAGAUUUUCUAAUAGUUUUAUGGAAGCUACAUAUGUUUGUCAGAGAAUCAUGUGAGUACAGUGAACUAUGCCUUGGGAUGGCUAUUAUUGUAUUAAACUAUAUUAACAUGCACAUUAAUCGAUUAUCUCCAGACUCUAGAAAAUAUAAAUCAGAGUAGAAUUUUCCUAAAUCAUUCACCUUGUAUAAAUGACUGUUAAGUUUUGUAAAGUUUUUUAUGCAGGUAGCAGUGGUGGGACUUUAUAUGAAGGUAGCAGUCAAACAUUCUUAUGUAAACCAUGUGCAACGUGAUCUCUUUCCUACCUUGUUAUUCAGUUGAAUCAGGUUAUAAUGUGCAUGUAAACAUAGUGAAAAACUUCAAUCCAUUUCACUGCCUUAAAUAGGAACUAAGGGCAUCACUCUUUUACAAUGCAGAAUAAGUUCAAGCUAUGUACACAUGCUGCUCGUACAGUACAAACCCUUGUUGCUCGGAGCCGUUCACUUCUCUGAUUGAAACGCGCUGGGCCGUCGCAGACGCUCCCGAGCUGCUCUGAUGGACGGAUCCCUGCGGGAGCCGACACAGAAAAAGAUGAACCGGAAAGGUCAUGAAGCACUCUUAACUCAACGUGCCUAUUACAUUUGAGAACAGUGAAACCCAGUCAGACACGACUGUGUCUUCACGUGGACGGCACGCUCAAAAGGCUCACCGUUUGCCGUCUUCCUUACAACCGUACACUUCUCACGAUACGUUUCUGCAUUCCAAUGAAAAAUGUGUAUUUUGUAAAUGUUUUAUGUGAAUAAAUGAACCUAUUUUUAUCCAGA